CGGCUCAUGCGGCACCCACGGCAGAUACCAAAACAUGGUGGCCCACACGGAGCUCCCAGCUGACGUCCCUCACGCUAAAAUAAUAAAUAACGAGCAGUUUGCAGAAUGUAGCAGCGAGAAGGCCGCUGGCGACAGCGGAGGAUAUGCUCAAGCACACAUUCAUGAGCAGCAUGGAACUAGUGUUGCCAUUCCAAAUGGAGAUGCAAGGCCUGGAACUGAGAACGUGUCUGGUUAUAAGAGGAAGAUCUGCCAGAAAGAAGAAGAAUGCUCACUCUUUGUAGCCUUUUUCACCUUCCUUUCAUACGGAGUUCUUCUGAUGGUGGGCUACAUUAAAGAGUUCUUCAGUCCUGUAACCACCAAAGAAAAGAACAGAGAGGACAUCGAGGAGUGUCCACCGUUCACCACCUUCACCAUCUAUCUGUCCUAUGGCGUCCUCUUCUUCGUGGGCUACAUCAAGGAAUUCUUCUAUCCACCAUCAACGAAAGAAAAAAACAGAGAGGGAUAUGUCCCACUGUACAUUGGGUUUGAGAGCUUCUACACUCGCAAUGUGUACCGCCGUAUUCAAGACUGUUGGAACCGAACAAUCUGCAGUGUUCCUGGUGCAGAAAUUGAUCUUAUGGAGCGAUACACGCCUGACUAUGGUUGGACUAUGAAAAUGACGGGCAAAAUUAUCAAGUGCAUUAAUGCUGGAUCAUAUAACUAUCUUGGAUUUGCCGAGAACAAAGGUCCGUGCCAUGAUGCAGCUGAACAAGUUACAAAGGAACUUGGUUUUACAACGUGCAGUCCUUGCAUAGAGCUAGGCACCUUGGAGAUCCACCGCAAACUUGAGAGGCUUGUGUCAGAAUUUCUUGGCGUUGAAGAUGCCAUCACCUUUGGCAUGGGUUUUGCAACCAAUGUGCUUAAUUUGCCUUCACUUCUGGGACCGGGUUGUUUAGUGAUGUCAGAUGAAUUUAACCACGCAUCGCUCAUUCUUGGCUUGCGUCUUUCUGGGGCCACUGUUAAAGUAUUUCGACAUAAUGACAGUGAAGACUUGGAGAAGAAGCUGCGUGAAGCCUUGUUGUAUGGACAUCCAAGGACUCGUCGCCCCUGGAAAAAAGCAUUAAUUGUAGUGGAGGGAAUCUAUUCCAUGGAAGGCAGUAUAUGUGAUCUUCCGAACUUCAUCAGAAUCAAGAACAAAUACAAGACUUAUUUGUAUGUGGAUGAAGCUCACAGCAUAGGUGCUCUUGGCCCUCAUGGUGGUGGAGUUGUGGAUUACUAUGGCGUAGAUCCUAAGGACGUUGACAUCCACAUGGGAACUUUCACCAAGAGUUUUGGGGCUGCAGGAGGCUAUAUUGCCGGAUCAAAGGAUCUGAUCAACUACCUUCGUGUGACCAGUCAUGCUCAGGUGUAUGCUUCAUCAAUGCCUCCUCCAGUAGCCCAGCAGAUUAUCACAUCAAUGACCAUCAUUAUGGGGAAAGAUGGCACUAGUGAAGGUCGCAGACGUAUUCAACAGCUGUCUCGGAAUGUGAAGUAUUUUCGUCAGCGCCUUAGACAGAUGGGAUUCAUUGUUUAUGGCCAUGAUGAUUCUCCUGUCGUUCCAAUGCUCUUGUACCUCAUUCCUAAAAUCUCCAUGUUCGUGCGUGAGCUAACUAAGCGUGGGGUUGCUGGAGUGGGUGUUGGCUUUCCUGCCACCAAGAUAACUGGUGGUCGAAUGAGAUUCUGCCUCUCGGCUGCUCACACUAAGGACAUGCUGGACAAGAUUCUAAAAGAAGUGGAUGCUGUUGGAUAUCUUUGCGGCUCUCAUUACUCAUCUGCUGUCAAAAAUUCUCAGCCAAUCAAGUGGUAGAGCAUUCAUGUUCCAAAUGUUUGUGCAUUGUCAGGAGCCUCAGAUAUGUAAACGAUUAUUUGAUGAAUUUAAGUAUGAUGUUUAUUGUAAGCAGUACCUUGCUCCAAAUGGUAUCUAUGAGGCAGCAGGGAUGAAAUGUGCCGAGGAUAUGGGCAGAAAAUUACAUAGAAACUGUUAAUUAGUCCAGCAAAUAAAUGCUAAUAACUUGUAUAUUCUUAAGCAAGAAAUACAAUCAGAACUCAACAAGUACCUACUUGUUGCAUGAGGUUCAUUUACUAAUUUCUUCUGUUAUGAAAGUUUUCAUCUGAGGCUUCUCAAAAGGUGCUCCUAAAGUUAGGCGUGUGAUAUGCAAUGACACAAUCUGAAUUGCCACUGAUUCAAGGCUGAGGUUGUCUGAUCUCUUACUCUUACUUAGUAAAUCUGGAACCCAAACUGCCAUGCUUAACUUUGCCUACCUGGCAAUUAUCAUUAUCAUCAUCAUCCCCAUUACCUUCUCAGCCUUGCCUUUCUCUGCCCCGCUCUUCUUUCAUUUUCCCUUCAAGGUCAACAUACGUCAAAUGGCGAGGCUAUCAUCUCUCCAGUAAUAUUUGUGCGUUCAUGACUGAAGAAGAUAAUCAACAGUGAGCACUGUGAAGUACUCUUUAAGGAUUGUUGAUUUUUUGGCAAAUAAUCUUUAUCAUCAUCAUCAUUGGUCAUUAUAUAUGAAGUUUGAAAUUGUUAUCCUGUACAGUAUGGUUAUUCGUAAUUAAAAAAUGAAGUGUUUCACGGGUUGCUAGUACUGUAUAGCUCUUGACAACUUCUUGGUAAUAAAGUACUAAGUGCA